UAACUAGACUCUUUAUUUAGUUUUCCACUGUGUAUUUCCGGUUACAAAGCUGUCAUCGUGCCUGCUUGCAUAAGUUUGUUUUGCAAUGAAAACUUAGAGACACACAACGGCGAUGUAAAUUGGUUUCACGGAUCAUCCCAGAGUUCCUUUAUAAUUCUAUUUACUGAAAGACACAGCUUUGUUUAUCUAGAAUGUUACUUCAAAGAGGAUCUUUAUUGCUGAAAACAGUGGCAUUCAGCUCCACAAGAAACUUCCCAAGCAGCUGGAACUGUGUUUUAAGUAUUACGGGACGAACUUUUUCUCUUUCAUCCACAAGAAAUUUUGCAAAAAGUUUCCAUAGCAGUAUAUCACGGGAUUUUAGUGUGAAAUUUAAUGAACAUGGACACAAACUUGCAAUAUUUACGAACUGUGUUAGAUAUCGAUACACCAGGUCUAAAGUAGAUUCCGGUUGGAGAGAUAGAUUAUGGUAUUCUAUAGCUGUGGCUCUCUUCAUGACUGGAGCAACCAUAUUAUCUGUCCCCCUGUAUCGAGUCUUCUGUCAGAAAUCUGGAAGGGGAGGUAAAGCAAUCCAGAAGGGCAAUGAAAAAGUGGAAACAAUGAAGCCAGAGGAUCGAUUGAUUACUGUCAAAUUUAAUGCCGAUCGCUCAGCUCAAAUGCAGUGGGACUUCAGGCCCCAGCAGAGAGAAAUAGAGGUUCGAGUUGGGGAGACUGCCCUAGCAUUUUAUAAUGCCAAGAAUCCCACGGAUAAACCAAUCAUUGGAAUAUCCACGUAUACCAUUGUUCCUUGGCAGGCUGGAUACUACUUCAACAAAAUUCAGUGUUUCUGCUUUGAAGAACAGAGACUGAACCCAGGAGAGGAGGUGGAGAUGCCGGUGUUUUUCUACCUUGACCCAGAUUUGCUGAAUGACCCGAGGAUGGACAAUGUUGAUGAUAUUGUGUUGUCUUACACAUUCUUCUCAUCCAAAGACCAGGAAGUCAAGUAUCAAGGGCAACAGACCAACAUGCCUGCUAAUGCAUAGUGUCAACUUGUUUGACCUUUUGACCUUCUGAUCCCCCUUAAACAAUGAAAUAGAAAGAAAGCGAUUGAGGUUUUUGGUCAUCUCAGUAAUUGCUGUGGGUGCACUCUUCCCAGAGAUUAACAUUAGAAGAAAGCUUGUUUACUGGUUGAAAAGAUAAAAAAGAAAAAGAGAAUUGGCUUAUUGAUUUGUAUGAAUAUUAAAUCCAUAUGCAUAGAAAUUUUUGUUUUUAAAAUAUAGAAAAAAAAUGACAAAUAAAAGUGUUAAAA